GUGAUAAAAGCUUUAGACUGGAGGAGCAGCCCUGGGUGUCAGCUAACUGGAAGCUGAGCAACAGGAGGUGGUAGGCUGCAGGAAGGGCUGAGGCCAGGGAAGUAAAGAGGGAGGUGAUGCACGAGGGGCGGAGAGAUGAGGAGUAGCCUUCCUCAGGUGAUGUUGGGGAAGGAGUGCUGGGUGUUAGAACUGAGGGCUUCCUGGACAAGGCCCCGGAUGACACUUCUGCCCCAAAGCACUGAAAGCGUCGAAGAGCUUCCAGCCCAGCUACCUGCUCUGUGACAUAGGGCAUCCAAUUUUGACUCAAACCUUGGGAACAGGCUUUCUCCAAUCCUAGGAAGAGUCUGCAGGGACACUUCCUACCUUUCAGGGUAAAAGACCCAGAAUUCCACUGGUCCGCUCCUUCUGGCCCUAAUAGGGAGCAUUCCUAAUGCCUCUAGCAGCUAGAGUCUAGCUGGUUUUGCCCCAAGGACUCCCCUGAGGCAGGAACUCAGAGGUGGAAGCAGGAGAGGGAGCCAGAGCACACACAGGUCAUGAGUCUGGCUGCCUUUAGGUGGAUGAUGGGUCUGAAUAUGGCAUGCCCAAAGAUGCUUGGACAUCCCAUUUGGAAGGUCCCCAGGGAAUCCACUCCAUUGCUGGAAUAAAGGGGCCGGUCCGAUGUGGUUAAUCCCUGGUGAGGAGAGUCCCUCGCAAAUGUCCCCAGCGGCAGCCUUGAACUGGCCUGGCCCCUGCAUUCACCUCUUCUUCCUUGUCCGCAGUCACCAGUUAAGGAGUGUCACACUGUGCAGCUCUGGCCUAGUGGCUGGGUCAUACUGUGCAGCUCUGGCCUGGUGGCUGGGAUGCCUCCCCCCGGGGUUCCACACUAGUCUCCCAGCUUGUCUCUGCAUGUGCUCCCCUCUGUGUAUCUCUGCCUAUCCUGUGCCCUGGGAAUAAAUGUCCCUUCCCACCCCUAGGAGUUCUACCUGCAAGGACCUGCGAAUUGCCACUCCUCCAAAGUGCCUGUAUCACCUGCAGCCCCUUCCCAUUUCCGGGGGAACCUCCCCAAGAGCAGGGGAUGAGCGGCAUGGGCGCCCCAGGCAAUGACCAGCUCUGCUGCUCUGUCCCCUUCUUGCCUGGAGGUGACAGUUCAGAGCCUUCUGUUCCUGCUGCCGUGGCUGCUUCCUUAGAAGGACAGGGAAUUUGGGCCUUUCUGGAGAAAAGAUCUGAGUGUACAGUAGAACAGGGGCCUUGAAACCCACACGGGGAGUUUCCAAAACGCUGCUCAGUCUGUGUCCCCCGGCAACAGAAUUGUUGACUGCAGCAUAAUCAUACCUUCCUGUGUUCUAGCCCAGAGCAUCAUGGGCUGGCCUCUGCCGAAAGAUGCUGGGCAGGAGCCCCUGGGAAGAGGGUACAGGGGGCCUGGAAGGGGUGUGCAGUGGGGCUUGGAGAAACCCAAGGGGGCAGAUCAGCAGUCAGCUCCCUCCCACCGCCUCCUCAAGCAGGACUCCUGUCCUCCAGGUUACAGCCUCCUGCCCCCCCUUCUCAGACUAGCCCAGCCUUAGCUGAGACACCACUAGGCAUGGGCACUCUUCUCUGUGGCCAGAAGGGUGUGGUGCACCCUCCCCUGCCAGUCUCUCUGAAGCACGGGGAGCCUGGCCUGAGGAGCAAGGGCCCAGCCAGACAUGCCGCAGGCGAAGCCCCUGCUCAGCUGUGGCAGCAGCUGCGGGGGACUCCAAGGGAAGCAGACAGCUGCUCGGAUGAGGCCCGCCAGAGGAAGCCCGGUCUGUGCCAGUUCGGCCAUCUUUAGUAGGCUCCUGGAGACAGUCUAGACUUCCCUCUACAGAGGACAAAGUUGAGGCCCCGAGAGCAUUAUGAGAGGCCCCCAGGUCACACAAUGAAGCAGCGGUGAGGAUCCUGCCCACAAGGAAGUUCAGCCCAAGUAGCGGAAAGCCCAGGCCGCAGACCCGUAGCAGCACAGUCUCCUGCAGGGGAGAGGGGAGGAGAACGCCUGGACUUUUCCCUUUUGACCUCAGGUGUGUCUCUGCACGGCAGUCCAGGGAUUAAUAUGAAGCCAGGCUUGACAGCGCGAGAGGGGCUGAGGCAGCCUGGGGUGUGACUGCAAACUGCCUCUGGCCACUUGUGGGCCCAAAACUCACGUCGGAGUCAAAGCCGAGGCACCCGCAGGCCUCCGCAGGCCUCCACCGCCCCGCCCCGCCUGAAUGCUGCACAGCGGGAGGCUUUGGCCCCGGAAGGCCUCAGUCGGGAAGACUGACCAAAUUCAGUGAUGCCCUGGCCUUGGGGCAGGAUAGGAAGAAAACGAACCAGACAUGGGAAGGGAAAGGCGCCCUCACCCUGGGUUUGUCCCCCAGUGGCUGAGAGCCCAGAGUUCCAGCACAAAUUCCUGGUGGAGCUGGGAUGUGGCUCAGUAGAGUGCUCGCUAGAGUGCCAUGCGUUCAAAACACCCGUACACACAAAAGUAAGUAAAAUUUAGAGAGUAAAAACAAACACCCAAACCAGCCAUGGUGUCUUACACCUUAUCUGUGGGAUUGUGGGAUACCCUAGGUUUACACAGCAUUGUGGGAUACCCUAAGUUAUACAGCAAAGCAGCGGUAUUCCCUUUUAUUUUGUGAUAGGGUCUCACUAACACCCAUGAACUCUGGUAGCCCAGGCUAGCCUCAAAAUUGAAACCUCCUUGUCUCAACCUCCCAAGUAGCUGGGAUGCCAGGCCUGAGCCACUGGACCUGAUUAUUUUUGUCAAUAAACCCUGACUUCGCUUCUUAGUUACUUGUCCUGAAAUUCUUUCCUGGGCACCGAGGUGACAGCCUCAGGCUGUGGUGAAAGUUCCAUGUAAGUUUCUACAAACUGUGUCCCGGGCCUGAGAAUACCGAUCAGGGUUCCAAUGCAGCCUAGAGGGCGGGGCUCCUAUACAGGUGGGCAUUGCCAUCUCUCAGUCUCUUUAUUCCACCAUAGCAGAGGCAAGGUGCCCCAUUCAGGGAGCUGGGCUUUCCAGUCCACUGAAGCACACACGGCUCCACAUGACUAAAGCCCCACUUGGCCUAGCCCCCUGGGGUCAGGGCCAGCCUGGGAAAGACCUGAGGUCACAGUCUCUCAGCCUCACCUAAGCCUCUGGCUUCCUCAGAAUAGGAUGGAGUUAGGCCUUUUCUACAGCACUGCUCACCCUCUCGUGGACCUUCUGGAGCCCACAGUCCCGGUGGCACAGACCCUGAGAGCUGGUUGGCCCUCCACCCUGCCUCCAGGACACCGCACGAAGGAAGUUCACCAGUGCUGGACAAGGGAUGAAGGGAGAUGAGGCUGAGGCCCUGGGUUCUGCUAAUAGAGGAACCGAGAGACGGUCCCUUUGAAAAGAGAAGUAUGUCAUCGCCACGGCCCCAGACGCACAGACUCCCACCUCUGUCCUGAGUGGAGUGUCCAUUCUCUGGAAAGCCGCAAACAUUCCCAAGCUGGACUUCUACUGAAUUAUCUCAAAUUUCUUUGAAUUUUUCUUGUCUGGAAGGAUUGAAGGAGGGGACAGGAGGCGGGGAAUGACCUCCAGGGAGGUUAAAUAGGUCACCUCAACGCUGGGCACCAAGACAAGCAGAGGGACCCAUGAAGAUCUUCACCCACACUUCUGGCACCAUGAUGUCACUUCGGAUACUGCUUCUGGCUGCCCUGCUUCUGGGGACAUCUCUGCAGCAUGCCAGCGCUGCUCGAGCCACCAACGUAGGCCGAGAGUGCUGCCUGGAGUACUUCAAGGGGGCCAUUCCCAUCAGGAGGCUGGUGACAUGGUACAGGACCUCCGCCGAGUGUCCCAGGGACGCUAUUGUGUUUGUGACUGUCCAGGGCAGGUUCAUCUGUUCAGACCCCAAAGACAAGCAUGUGAAGAAGGCCAUCAGACACCUGCAAAGCCUAAGGCAGUAGCCGGUGACCUUCCCCCAGGAGCAUUUGGAGACUCCAGCAUCGGUGUCUGUGACCUCAGCCCAAAGCUGCCUGCAUCCAGUGGAGGUCUUAAGAGCCCCAGAAGAGCCACAGAGUGGGAGUCGCUGUCCCUUUGUAUGGACUCAAGCUACAGGCACAAAAAACCUCUGAUUAAAGUCCUCUUCCCUUA